AGAAGAAGUAGAAGAAGAAGAACCGGACCACACGUGUUCCAAGAUGUCGUACUUUACUGUUUUGGUCGUGUAGUCAUUUUGGGGGAAGAGUAUUAAAGUAUUAAAUAGUUUCGAAUUGAUAUCUUCCCCUCAGGAAGUAUAUAUCACAGAUAUAUCACAAUGGCGCAGAGGAAGAAGAGACUAUGGAAGAAGAAGAAGCACCCAGGAAACAGAGAGCCAGACGUGGACUCAGAUGGAGGAGAUUUCGAGCUAGCCUCUGAAAUUAAAGACGAUGUUGUAUUUGGUAAAAAGCUGCCUCGCUUCCCUACGUCUUCUGAUUGCCUGUCGGAUGUAGAACCGGACACCAGAGAGAUGGUUCGUGCUCAGAACAAGAAAAAGAAAAAGUCCGGAGGCUUUCAAUCUAUGGGUCUCAGCUAUCCUGUCUAUAAAGGGGUCAUGAAGAAGGGCUACAAUGUUCCGACUCCUAUCCAAAGAAAAACUAUCCCCGUCAUCCUGGAUGGGAAAGACGUCGUUGCCAUGGCGAGGACGGGGAGCGGGAAGACGGCUGCGUUCUUGGUGCCCAUGUUCGAGAGGUUGAAGGGACCUCAAGCUCAGACGGGCGCCAGAGCUCUGAUCCUCACACCCACGAGAGAGCUGGCACUACAGACCAUGAAGUUCACUAAAGAGCUCGGCAGGUUUACCGGUCUAAAAACUGCACUAAUCCUUGGUGGUGACAGCAUGGACGACCAGUUUGCUGCUCUACAUGAAAAUCCAGACAUCAUCAUUGGUACUCCUGGUCGUCUGAUGCACGUCAUCAUGGAAAUGAACCUCAAACUGCAGAAUGUGGAGUAUGUGGUGUUUGACGAGGCAGAUCGACUAUUUGAAAUGGGUUUUACCGAGCAACUCCAGGAGAUCAUCAGACGGCUCCCGGAAACCCGGCAGACCCUGCUGUUCUCCGCCACGCUGCCCAAGCUGCUUGUGGAAUUUGCGAGGGCUGGAUUGACAGAGCCAGUCUUGAUCCGGUUGGAUGUGGACAGUAAGCUCAGCGAUCAGUUAAAGCUGUCAUUCUUUCACCUGCGUCUGGAUGACAAGCCUGCACUGCUGCUGUAUCUUCUGCGUAAUGUCGUGAAGCCUCAGGAGCAGACGGUCGUAUUUGUGGCGACCAAACACCACGUGGAAUACCUCAACCAGCUGCUGACUUCGCAAGGAAUCGAGUGUGCGUACAUAUACAGCGCUUUGGACCAGACGGCCAGAAAGAUCAACAUCGGUCGGUUUGUCCACCGGAAAGCGAUGGUGCUGCUGGUGACGGACGUGGCGGCUCGCGGUAUCGACAUCCCGCUCCUGGACAAUGUCAUCAAUUAUAACUUCCCCUCCAAGGCCAAGCUCUUUCUGCAUAGAGUUGGUCGUGUAGCUCGUGCUGGCAGAAGCGGUAAAGCCUUCAGUCUGGUGUGCCCGGACGAAGUGCCCUUUGUUUUUGACCUUCACCUCUUUCUUGGACGGCCUUUGCACCUUGCAGCAAUUGAACACUCACAGGAUGCUGAGGGAGUACUGGGUCGUGUCCCACAGAGCAUCUUGGAUGACGAGGACUCGCACGUCCUAACGGCUCACGAAAACUCCCUAGACCUCCAGAACCUCAAACGUAUCUCGGAGAACGCUUACAAGCAGUACUUGAAGUCCCGACCCAACCCUUCACCAGAAUCUAUCAAGCGGGUGAAGAACACCGAUCUGUCCUCCAUAGCUGUGCACCCAUUGCUCGGGUCAGGACUUGAGAAGAUGGAGUUGGAGAGACUGCAGAUGGUCGACUCCAUCAAGGCUUACAAGUCAAAAUCUACUAUAUUUGAGAUCAACUCCAACAACAAAACCAGUGCCAGCGAGGUCAUGAGGACGAAGCGUUCUCGAGACAGCCGUCUGGUGGACAGGUUCCAGAAGACGAGAGAAGAUAUGAAGGCAGAGAGUCAGCAGAACCGCCCAGUUAUUCAGAGCUCAGCUAUGACACAACAGUACCAGGGGGAGGAAGAGGAUGGUGAUGAUGAUGAAGACCUUCAGGGCGUGUUUUCAAAAGUGGUUGGAGGAAAGAAACGGAAACAGGACGAGGACGUGGACAGACCUAAGAGCAAAAAGAGCAGGCAGUCGGGUCGAGACGAGGAGUUUUACAUCCCCUACAGACCCAAAGACUUUGAAUCAGAAAGAGGACUCAGUCUUGCAGCAGAAGGCAACACGUUUGAACAGCAGGCCUCCUCAGCUGUUCUGGAUCUGAUGGGUGAUGAGAACAACACGCUGGACCAGCACACGAAAAUGAUGAGAUGGGAUCGCAAGAGAAAACGCUUCGUCCGUGAUACGGGAAAAGAAGACAAAAAGAACAAAAUAAAAACAGAGAGUGGCCAAGUGGUCAGUGCCAAGAAGUCGAAGAAGAACUUUUAUGAGGAAUGGAAGAAGAAAUACAAGGUGGACGAUGCGGAUGAUUCAGACGGAGAGAACGGAGGAGGACGGGGACUGAAAUUCGGAGGUCGAAGAGGUCGACACGGAGCGGCCUCUCAGCCCAAGAACAAGGACGGGUCACGGGUUCGUUCGGAGCUGAAGAGCAGCGCACAGAUCCUGAAACAGCGCAAACAACGCUCCAAGCAGCAGUUCCUGCAAAGCGGCGCCUUGAAGAAGCAGCGCGGCCGAAACAAGAACCGAUUAAACGACAUCAUGAAGUCCGGCUUCGGUCGCGCCCGCUUCAAAAAAGGCAAGAUGAAGAAGAGACUGUAAGAUCUUGUGCGGUUCCAAACUCAACAUACCCAGAAAACACAAGCUUUCAGCCUGCCCCCAGAUUUAACACAAGGACUGGUUUCAAAAAAAAAAAUUGGUGACUUAUUUUAGGUCAAGUUGGCUUCGGUGACCUGAAACUCCUUUAGAAUUUUUUGGCAUUUUUAUAAUUUGAGCAAAUGGUAAAAGGAUAGC